UCCGUCCACACACCGUUAUACCAGAAAUUGAAGGUGCUAAAACCUCUUCGUCUCUGCGUCACCCCUUCCACCGUCACCGGAGGUUCCCUCUCCGCCACCAGCUCCUUCGACUGCGAGCAAGGAGAAACAACCGUCAAGGGAAAUGGGCGCAAAGGCAAAGAAGGCUUUGAAAAAGAAGCUGAAGAAGACGAGUUCUUCUCAGUUAUCAAUUUCUUAUCACACAAAUGAAUCUUCUGAUUUCUUGCCUUUAGAAGGAGGGCCAGGGAGGAAAAUUACUCAGGAAGAAGAUGAGCCUGUCAAAAAUACUGCAACAGCACUGUACAUCGGUCACAUUCCUCAUGGGUUUUACGAAGAACAAAUGGAAGGAUUUUUCAAGCAAUUUGGAAAAAUCAAGCAUUUGAGGAUUGCUCGUAACAGGAAGACAGGAAAAUCUAAGCAUUAUGGAUUCAUUGAAUUUGAAAACCCAGAGGUUGCCAAAGUUGUGGCUGAUGAGAUUCAUAAUUAUCUACUAUUUGAACACAACCUUCAGAUUCAUCUUAUCCCACCAGAGCGUGUUCAUCCGAAGUUAUGGAGAGGUGUAAAUUGGAGAUAUAAUCCAUUAAAUUGGACAAAAAUUGCCAGAAAGCAGCGUAACAAGGAAAGAACAGUUGAAGAACACCAAAGGAUGAUUAAAGGGAUUCUUAAACGAGAUGAGAAGCGCCGGAAUAGAAUCAAGGCUGCUGGUGUUGAAUAUGAAUGCCCAGAUCUUGUCGGUCUCAUUCAGCCUGCUGCCAAGAAAAUUAAGUUUGACGAAGAGGACUAGAAACUGAUUUGUGGGGAGGCAAUCCAUAUCAUCCUACCAGAGAAUGGUUUUAGAAAUAUUGGCCAUGUUUGGAAUUUGGCUAUGAACAUGUAGUUGUUGCUGCUUGCUAAUCUCAAAUUUUGGUCGUCAAGUGACAGAAGUGCUGCGAAGAAAUGCAACUGAAUGUUUGUUUUAUACUUGAAAUUUAGCUAUAUAGUGUAAUGACAAAAACACUCACUCAGUCUUGUUGUCAUUUGUAAACCUGAGACAAUGCAUGUGUUACAGCUUUCAUCUGAACACAACAAUAUGUUUUAACUAUGACAUUAAGUAUAAAAGCAAAUCUUGCAGAUAA